CUAUUUAUUCUUAAAUAUGUCAUUCCUGCGCAAAUCCGUUCAACUUUUUAAUGCUGCCAAGCAAAAUGCCAAAAUGCUUUCGGGCGUACAGCGCAGCUACAGUGCCACUAGAAACCCAGUGGACGAUCGGUACGCUUUUCCAGGUGCCCGCGACGCAGCAUUUGUAAAUAGUCUGAAACUGACUAUGCCAGAAGAUUAUGCGCCCAUACCCAUCUAUCGGGUUAUGGAUCGCGAUGGUUACAUACUCAACGAACAAGAGGAUCCACAGCUGAGCCAGGAGGUGAUUGAGAAAAUGUUUCGCGACAUGCUGCUGCUGUCAACUAUGGAUAAAAUAUUAUACGAAUCGCAGCGGCAAGGACGCAUCUCUUUCUACAUGACUAAUUUUGGAGAAGAGGCAUCGCACAUUGGCAGUGCGGCCGCCCUGGAAAUGCGUGACUUGAUUUAUGGCCAGUAUCGCGAGGCGGGUGUCCUCGUAUGGCGCGGCUUUCGUAUUGAUCAGUUUAUCGAUCAGUGCUAUGGCAACGAUGAUGAUCUUGGUCGCGGCAAGCAGAUGCCCGUGCACUAUGGCUCCAAGGAGCUCAACUUUGUGACCAUCUCCAGUCCAUUGUCUACGCAAAUACCGCAGGCCGUGGGCGCCGCUUAUGCUCUAAAACGUCAGCCGAACAACGAUUCCUGCGUUGUUUGUUACUUUGGUGAAGGUGCUGCCUCCGAGGGCGAUGCACAUGCUGCAUUCAAUUUUGCUGCAACGCUCGAAUGUCCAGUGAUUCUGUUUUGUCGCAAUAACGGCUUUGCCAUAUCCACUCCCUCGAAUGAACAAUACCGGGGCGACGGCAUUGCUGGACGUGGUCCCAUGGGCUAUGGCAUAGCUACCAUCCGUGUCGAUGGCACUGAUGUGUUUGCCGUCUACAAUGCAAUGAAGCGAGCACGGGAAUAUACGCUACGAGAGAAUAAGCCAGUUGUGCUUGAGGCGCUAGCCUAUCGUGUCAGUCAUCAUUCGACGUCAGACGACAGCACGGCGUAUCGCUCAGCGGAGGAGAUUGAAAUGUGGAACACGCUGGAGCAUCCCAUCUCCAAGCUGAAGAGUUAUAUGGUGCACAAGGGCUGGUUCAACGAGAAACAAGAAACGGAAUUUGUGAGCGGAGUGCGCAAGCAGGUGCUCAAGCAGAUUGCCAUCUCCGAAAAGAAACUAAAGCCAAAUUGGCGCGAGAUGUUCGAGGGCGUUUACGCCGAUAUGCCCGAGCAUCUGCAGGAGCAACAGCGGGAACUGGAGCAGCAUGUCGAAGCCCACAAACAACAUUAUCCCCUUAAAAGCUUCAAGCAAUAAGGGCGAUCAACAAAAUAGCAAAAACCAGAAAUCCUACAAAUCUUAACCAGAGAGACUCAUCGAAAAGUGCAUUUAUUAAGCUUAAGCAAUCUAUUGUUUUCUUUUUAAUGGUUCCAAACCAUUUCAAAUUUGUUGCUAAAUACGUAGACAGAACUUAAUUAUUCGGGUUUUUAAGGGGCAAAGAAUGAAAAUGAAAACUUUUUAACAUAUAUUUAGUGGCACAUAU